GGUGGUCAGUAAACUUGAGGGCAAACUCAGAAUGCAGUCAACCCUUAAAUGUGUUGAAGCUUUGGAAUAUUUCAAGCAAGAGUUUGGAGUGCACAUUGAAGUUACAAAGAUGUGGAGAGCCAUGAAAGAAGCAAAGAAAUUAGUGGAAGGGAAUGAGAGGAAACAAUAUGCCAAAGUAUUUGAUUAUGCACAUGAAUUGUUGAGGAGCAAUCCUGGAUCAACAGUUAAGAUCAACACAAUGCCAAGUCCAGAAGGUCCACCACAAUUUCAGAGGCUAUAUAUUUGUCUUGCUGGCUGUAAGAAGGGGUUUGUUGCUGGAUGUAGACCAUUCAUAGGUCUAGAUGGAUGUUUCCUAAAGAGUGCAUUUGGAGGAAACUUGCUCUCUGCUGUUAGGCUUGAUGGCAAUAACCACAUCUAUGUUAUUGCUUAUGUUGUUGUGGACAUUGAGAACAAAGACAAUUGGAAAUGGUUUUUAACUUUGUUGCAUGAAGAUCUUGGGGAUUACAUACAGAAUGGGUGGAAUUUCAUGUCAGACAUGCAAAAGGGACUUAUUCCAGCUUUACAGGAAGUCAUGCCUGGUGCACCUCAUAGAUUUUGUGUCUUGCAUCUUUGGAAAAAUUUUACAAAGCAAUGGAAAAGCAAGGAACUUAAAGGAAUUGUGUGGCAAUGUGCAAAAUCCACUAUUGUUGCUGAGUUUGAAGGCCAUAUGGCCCAUUUGAAGACAAUCAACUGCCAGGCUUGGGAGUAUUUGAAUAAAUGGCCCAAACAAGCAUGGACAAAAGCCCACUUCAGUACAAUACCCAAGGUGGACAAUAUAUGCAACAACACUUGUGAGGUAUUCAAUUCCAGAAUUCUGCAGUAUAGAUGCAAGCCUAUUAUCACAAUGCUUGAAGAAAUUAGAAGUUAUAUCAUGAGAACCAUGGCUGCCCGCAAGGUUAAACUUUCUGGAAAACCUGGACCAUUAUGUCCAGUGCAGUAUAAAAGACUAGAAAAAGAAUUCCAUUUUGCUAAUCAAUGGACUCCCAUUUGGUGUGGUGAUAACAUGGGCCUGAGAUAUGAGGUCCACAUGUGGGGGAAUAAGGUUGAGGUCAAUUUAGGUGAAUGGACAUGCACUUGUGGAGUAUGGCAACUAACAGGGAUGCCAUGCCGACAUGCCAUUGCAACAAUAACUCACAAAGGAGGGAAGCCUGAGGACAUGUGUCAUGAGUGGCUGUCAAUAGAAGCUUAUAAUAAGACAUACCAGCAUUUUAUUGAACCAGUCCAAGGACCACAAUAUUGGGCCCAGACACAAUAUACACCCCCUGUUCCACCACAUAAAAGGGUCCAAAGAGGAAGGCCAAAGAAAAAUAGAAGGAGAUCUGUAGAUGAGGACAAUGUCACAGGACAUAAGCUAAAGAGGAAAUUGGCUGAGUUUACAUGUGGAAGGUGUGGCCAAACCAAUCAUAACAUUAGAAGCUGUAAAAAUAUUGGAGUUCCUGUUAGGCCAAAGAAAUAUGUUGCACCAUCAACUUCAAAUGAGGAUGACCACCUAUUAUCUCAAGAUGAACAAGCUUUGAAUGAGGCUGAAGAAGCUGCUGCUCAUGUUCAACAAGAUCCGGUGGAGAUUAAUUUAUCUCAGCCUCAUUUGUCACAAGAUAGUGACAUGGAGUUGAUGGUCCCUGCAACUAUUGUUCCACCAAUAGCAAGGAAUAAGCUAACCAUAACAAGAGCCAAACAAAGGAAGGUUGCUGAUAAAGAUGAUGCAGAAAACUAA